UGUGAGUGAAAAAAAAAACAUGGUACCUGAGAAAGAUGGAUUUGAAGGAGUUGAAUGGAGGAUAAGAGUGGCUGAUGGCUCAUCUGAGGUUCCGGUUACGGAUACAUCGCUUGCGAGAAAGGUGUGGCUAAGAACAAAAGACUUAUUUUCCUGUUUGGGUUUGAAAGUGUGGAUGUUUCUGAAGAAAGCAUGGGACAUUGGGGCUAAUGAUCCUAGAAAAGUGAUUCAUUGCUUUAAGGUAGGACUGGCACUCACACUGGUAUCACUGUUCUACUUUAUGAGGCCUUUGUAUGACGGUGUCGGAGGCAAUGCUAUGUGGGCCCUUAUGACGGUCGUACUCGUAUUCGAACCAAACGUGGGCGCCACCUUAUACAAAUGUUUGAACAGAAUAUUUGCAACUUUUUUCGCCGGGUUUCUUGCCUUCGGGGUACACUGGAUUGCCAGUCGAUCCGGGGACAGAUUUGAGCCCUAUAUUGUUGGAGCGUCGGUUUUCCUAUUUGGUAUGUACAUUUAG